GUGGAUUUAUGUGUAUUUAUGUGUGUGUCCCUGGGCGCCUCUACAGUGCUCCGUUUAUCCGUCCUGUCCUCCCCCUCCACCUGACUCUCCCUGCGCAAGUCUUCCCUGACGUGUGCCACCGCCUCCUCCGCCGCCUCCGUCGUCUCUGACGUGCGCAUCCUCCGCUUCCCUCGCCCCCCGCGCCAGGUCGUCAUCCACGUGGCGGGAGCGCGGAAGGGCUUCGACGUCUUCCGGCCCUUUCUCCUCACCGACGAGGCAGAGCCGGAGAGGACGGACCGCAACGGCACGAAGGCCCUGGUGGACGCAGCGGUCGCGAAGGGAGUCAAGAAGUUUAUCUACGUGUCAGCCAUCCUCACCAACGCACGGGCUCUCGGGGAGGACGAGAGCAGCGCGUUCAAGGACUGGAACAGCUACGGCAACGUGUUGGACAUGAAGCACGAGGCCGAGGAGUACCUGAAGGCCAGCGGGCUGGACUACACCAUCAUCCGCCCAACGCCCAUGAACAAUGACUUUCCCAGGGACGUCGGCGGCAUCUGGUUCGGCGCCCCGGACACCCUACUGCUGAAGGGUGACGAGGUCGGCAAGUCGAUCAGCCGCGACGACGUCUCGCUGGCCUGCGUCGACGCCAUCUACAACGAGAAGGCCUCCAACGGCACCUUCGAACUGACGGGCGCCUACGGCAGGCCGCCCACGCCCCGCAGCAGCUGGUGGUCCCCGAGCCCCUCGGGCAAGAAGGCCUUCGCGGCGGUGGCGUGAAGCGCCCGCUCCGCGCCCUGCCGUGGCAGCUCCGCCCCGCCCCCCGCGCAGCGCCCCAGCCAGCGGGCCAGCGCCGCGGAGGGCCCGCUGGCGCGGCCGCCGCGCCAGGCCUGCGGCGGGCGCCGC